UACCGCCUGAAGCUGAAGGUACCAGUUGAUCCAACUGUCACAACAAGCCGCUUUGACCGUGUUGCCAGCAGCAUCGUGGUGAAAUACGACAGUUCUCCACGCCUGCUCUCCUUCGAGGAUAUGGCUGAGAUCGAGGAUCAAUUCUGGCGUCUGCCUGUGGACAAGCAAGUUUACAAGCUUUAUCCGCAGAGCCUCAACAUGUCAGUUGUCGUCAGCAGAGUGAAGUCAUGCCAUGCAGUGCCGGAGGUAGGUUCCAUGAUGCCCUAUUCAUAA